AUGUCGUCGCGAGAACCAGACAAACGAUCAGACAGCCCCCAUCGAGCAAAACCCACGAUGCAGUCCCAACUUCCCUCACCACUACACCCCAUCCCCCUCCAGGCUAGUCUCAGCAGUCAUGGCACCGACAACCUCCCCGCCUCAACGCCGCAGCGAGAUGGCACCGGCACUCCGCUCUCACCGGCAGAUUGCCGCACGCUGGAGAAGAUCCUGCAGCAUGUUCAAGGUGCGUCAUCCGAGGCCAACGAAACUGUCGAUGGAUUGUUUGCGGGUGGUGAGAACAGUGCGGGAAACAAGGUCGAAGUGGUUGGAGAUGCUGGGAGUGAGGCGGACGAUGGAUAUGGAGACGAGGACGGUAGUAUGGACGAAAGCGGGGGAGAAGGCGAGAAGACGGGUUUCGCAACCGUGGACGGAGCGGAUGACGAUAUCGAGGCUGUGCAGGCUGAGAUGGGAUUGAGUUUCAUCGGUCAUGAAGGAGGUGAAGAGGAGAGCGAGCUCUUCGAAGCCUCAGACCUAGAAACACCACCCCCAACCAUCCACACCCCAAGUAGAAAACCCAUCGACUUCGCCCCCGUCCCCGAAACGCCCUUCACAAAAACACUAGCCUACUUCAAGCAGCACAAAAGCAACCCCAAAGCCCCCCUCCCACCCGCCGAACCACCCCGCUCAACAUGGGAAAAGGAAUACGCUUCCGCGCCCCCACACCCCACCGCCCCAGAAGAAGAACACCCACCCACCCCGCCUAGGACAUACGAGCGCAUCCUCUCCGCGCAAGAAUGGCCCGACACGCCCUCCCCCAAACCCUCACCACCUCCCGACGACGUACGGAUUACGCAUUCCACACCGGUGUUCGGAUGGAAACCCGUUGAUAAACAGCGCUCUCCUCAUAAAAUACAUGGUUCUACGUGUUCGCUGGAGAUGCGUGGGCUUUCGGUGGUGGAGGUGACGCGCGGUCGGGAGGGAGUGGGGAGUGGGAGGGAAGAGGGGGAUGGAGAGGAAGAGGGGGAUGGAGAGAGGAUGCAGAUGAUACUCUACCCCCGCCAUCCUACGUUCGUUACGGUGAUUGAGAUGCUGCCUGCGGCUAUGUUUUGGGUGGGUGUUGGAGGGAUUGCGAGGGUUGGGGGGUGGGUUGUUGCGAGGUUGGGGGGACGUGAAGCGUGA